CUCCCGAGGCGGCCGGAGUCCCGGACACUCCCCGGAGCCGUCUCAGGUCGCUGGGGGCCGGUGGGCUGCACGGGGACGGGAGGGAGAGCUGCCUGUGACCACCGCCCGAGUAAUUGACCCAGAACUCAUAUUCAGGAAGAGAACUUCCUUCAAAAUUGUAAAAUGAUGAAAUGAGGAAUUUGAACAUUUUGUCAUUGGGUGGAAGUCUGAGAAAGAAAAAUGCGAUUAAUCCAAGCCAUGUGGUAAAAUCAGGAAUUUGAAGAAAAUGGAAAUGUUUCCAUUCUUGUGGACAUGUAUUUUUCUGCCCCUCAUAAGAGGGCACAGUCUUUUCACCUGUGAACCCAUUACUGUUCCCAGAUGUGUGAAAAUGGCCUACAACAUGACAUUUUUCCCGAAUCUGAUGGGUCACUAUGACCAGAGUACUGCUGCUGUGGAAAUGGAGCUUUUUCUUCCUCUUGCAAAUCUGGAAUGUUCACCAAAUGUUGAAACUUUCCUUUGCAAAGCUUUUGUACCAACCUGCACAGAGCAAAUUCAUGUGGUUCCACCAUGUCGUAAAUUUUGUGAGAAAGUAUAUUCUGAUUGCAAAAAACUAAUUGACACUUUUGGAAUCCAAUGGCCUGAGGAACUUGAAUGUGACAGAUUACAAUACUGUGAUGAGACUGUUCCUGUAACUUUUGAUCCACACACAGAGUUUCUUGAUCCUCAGAAGAAAACAGAGCAAGUCCAAAGAGACAUUGGAUUUUGGUGUCCAAGGCAUCUUAAGACUUCUGGGGGACAAGGAUAUAAGUUUCUGGGAAUUGACCAGUGUGCACCUCCAUGCCCCAACAUGUAUUUUAAAAGUGAUGAGCUAGAGUUUGCAAAAAGUUUUAUUGGAAUAGUUUCAAUAUUUUGUCUUUGUGCAACCCUGUUCACAUUCCUUACUUUUUUAAUUGAUGUUAAAAGAUUCAGAUACCCAGAAAGACCAAUUAUAUACUACUCUGUCUGUUACAGCAUUGUAUCUCUUAUGUACUUUAUUGGAUUCUUGCUAGGCAAUAGCACAGCCUGCAAUAAGGCAGAUGAGAAGCUAGAACUUGGUGACACAGUUGUUCUAGGCUCUCAAAAUAAGGCUUGCACCGUUUUGUUUAUGUUUUUGUAUUUCUUCACAAUGGCUGGCACUGUGUGGUGGGUGAUUCUUACCAUUACUUGGUUCUUAGCUGCAGGAAGAAAAUGGAGUUGUGAAGCCAUUGAACAAAAAGCAGUGUGGUUUCAUGCUGUUGCAUGGGGAAUACCAGGUUUUCUGACUGUUAUGCUUCUUGCUAUGAACAAAGUGGAAGGAGACAACAUUAGUGGAGUUUGCUUUGUCGGCCUUUAUGACCUGGAUGCUUCUCGCUACUUUGUCCUUUUGCCACUGUGCCUUUGUGUGUUUGUUGGACUGUCUCUUCUUUUAGCUGGCAUUAUUUCCUUAAAUCACGUUCGACAAGUUAUACAACAUGAUGGCCGGAACCAAGAGAAACUAAAGAAAUUUAUGAUUCGAAUUGGAGUCUUCAGUGGCCUGUACCUUGUGCCAUUGGUGACGCUUCUUGGCUGUUAUGUGUAUGAGCAAGUGAACAGGAUUACCUGGGAGAUAACUUGGGUCUCUGACCAUUGUCGUCAGUACCAUAUCCCAUGUCCUUAUCAGGCAAAAACAGAAACUCGACCAGAAUUGGCUUUAUUUAUGAUAAAAUAUCUGAUGACAUUAAUUGUUGGCAUCUCUGCUGUCUUCUGGGUUGGAAGCAAAAAGACAUGCACAGAAUGGGCUGGGUUUUUUAAACGAAAUCGCAAGAAAGAUCCAAUCAGUGAAAGUCGAAGAGUUCUACAGGAGUCAUGUGAGUUCUUCUUAAAGCACAAUUCUAAAGUUAAACACAAGAAGAAGCACUACAAACCAAGUUCACAUAAGCUGAAGGUCAUUUCCAAAUCCAUGGGAACCAGCACAGGAGCUACAGCAAAUCAUGGCACCUCUGCAGUAGCAAUCACUAACCAUGAUUACUUAGGACAGGACACUUUGACAGAAAUCCAAACCUCGCCAGAAACAUCAGUGAGAGAGGUGAGAGCAGACGGAGCGAGCACCCCUAAAUCAAGAGAACAGGACUGUGGGGAACCUGCCUCCCCAGCAGCAUCCAGCUCCAAACUCUGUGGGGAGCAGGCCGACAGGAAAGGCCGGGCAGGCCGCGUGAACGAUAAGAGCAGUGUAUCUGAAAGUGCGCGGAGUGAAGGAAGGAUAACUCCAAAAAGUGGUGUUACCGAAACUGGCCCGGCGCAGAGCAACAACUUGCAGGUCCCCAGCUCUUUAGAGCCAAGCAGCCUGAAAGGCUCCACAUCACUGCUCGUUCACGCGGCCUCAGGAGUUAGAAAAGAGCAGGGCGCUGGCAGUCACUCAGAUACUUGAAAACCAGGUUAUCCCAUUUCUUUGAAGCGGCUUUGUGUUCCACUGGAGGUGACCAAUACACUGUCUUGUAAGAAUCACUGUUUUCUUCUUCUUUUGCACUUAAAGCUACAUUGCCUGCUGUUACACUGGAAA